AUGAACUUGUCUUCUGAACACUGCAACAUGUCAGAUUGGCUGAGGCUGGAAGCAACCGUGAAGGCUUCCGUGUACGUGGUGGCUUUCUCCUUCGCCACAUUUAUCACAGUCAUCAUUAUCGCCAUCGUAUCACAGAAUUCAAAACUGAGGAAAGAGGUUCGAUACAUCCUUCUCUGUCACCACCUGCUGUGCAUCUCCUCCUACUGUGGCCUGGGGGUGGUUUUCCAAGGGAUGCGAGCCUUCCUGGCCAACAGCCCUGUCCUGGUAUGCUGGGUGGUGUUUGGGGCACAGCUGAGUGUUGGAGAAGGGAUCCUCUUCACGCUGGCCUUGAUGGCUGCCCACACAUACCUGAUAAUCUGCUGGCCCUUGACAUCUGUGUCCUUUGUAGAUUCCGUUAAGUAUAAGAUUCUAUCUGGGACUUGGCUCAUUAUUAUACUGAAGAAUGCUUGCCUUUUCCUCAUAGAGGGCACUGGCCCUACGCAGAUUGCUCUUUUAAAAUCUGAGCCCCUUUGCCCGGUGGUCUUGAAUGGCAUUCCUGCUAGAGCCAUUGGCAUGGUUUUCCUUUUCCUUCUUCUGUCUAUCAUUCUUGUAAGUUACUCCCUGAUAUACAAAGAAGGGAAACGGGCCGGCCACUUUAAUAGGUCAAAUAUCAAAGCAAGGAAAACCGUCCUUAUUCAUUUAGUGCAAUUGGGCCUGCACGUAAUACCAACUCUGUUAUUCAUUGGUUUGGGAAAGAUGUGUGGAGUGUUUUUCUUUGCUUUAAAUCUGGUGCUUUUUGGAGUCUUUGCCUUUGCUCAGUGUUUUAACCCUCUGAUCUAUGGGCUCUGGAAUAGAGAGUUGCAAAGCAGAUUAUACUACUGGAUGUGCUGUCAACUGUGGUGUGGUCACUGUGGUGUGACUAGCAGAGAGUCAGUUUAA